AUGUCCCUCAUCGGCAACGUCAUUGCCAUGGCGACCGCUGGCAACCCGGCCCUCAUCAACUACGAUAUGUUCGUGGCGGCCUUUGCGAUGCUGUCGCUCUUCUACCUCAUCUUGACCGCCUUCAAUGAGUCUUUCACGGGCCACCCCAUAUUCCCCGUCACCAUUGACUUGCUCAAUGUCAUUUUCCUCUUCUGCGCCGCCGUUGCCAUGGCUGCCGAGCUCGGUGUGCACUCCUGCAGCAAUGACGCUUACACGCUAAGGAAUCACCUAACCAACGGCUCCAAUAACAGAGCUGGUCGUUGCCGCGAAGAACAGGCUGCCACCGCAUUCCUCUGGUUCACAUGGGCGCUUUGGACGGUCAGCCUGGUCUUCUCCUUCCUCGACGCACGUGGGGGCGGCGUCAACCUGAGAGGUCCCCUCCGCCGCGGAGGUGGGCGUCCUGCGAUGUCACAGGUGUAA